AUGAUCCUCCUAUUCCAGAUGGUCAUUGGAAUCCUGGGGAAUUUCUCACAUAUAAUUCAUUACAUCUUCUUUUACUUCUAUGGAUGCAGGUCACGGUCCACAGAUUUGAUUCUCAGGCACCUGACUGUAGCCAACUCCUUGACCAUUCUCUCUAUAGGAGUCCCCCAGACAAUGCUUGCUUUUGGGUUAAAAUAUUUCCUCAAUGAUUUUGGAUGCAAACUUGUUUUAUAUCUUCCAAGGUUGGCCAGGGGCAUGUGCAUCUGCACCACCUGCCUCUUGAGUGUCUUCCAGACCAUCACCAUAAGCCACAUGCACUCCACGUGGGCAGAGCUUAAACUAAAAGCCCUAAAAUACAUUGGUCCCUCCAAUAUCCUUUGCUGGAUACUGCACAUGCUGGUCAAUGCCAUUUUUCCCAUUUAUGGGUCUGGCAAAUGGAGCAACAAUACCAUCAUAAAGGAAAAUGUGUUGGAAUACUGUUCUACUAAAAAACAUGACAAAGUCACAUUCUCACUCUAUGCAGCAAUGAUAUCCUCCCAUGAUGUUUUAUGUUUGGGAUUCAUGUCCUGGGCCAGUGGUUCCAUAGUUUUCAUCCUGUACAGACACAAGAAGUGGGUCCAACACAUUAGUAUGAACAACAUCUCCCCUGGAUUCUCUGCUGAGACCAAAGCCACCCAAAGCAUCCUUGUCCUGGUGAGCACCUUUGUAUCAUUUUAUGGCCUCUCCUCCAUUAUUUAUGCUUAUUUAGCUGUUUUUCAUAAUCCCAGUUGGUGGCUGGUGAACAUGUCUGCAUCAAUCACUGCGUGUUUCCCAACAGUCAGCCCCUUUAUUCUCUUGAGCAGUGACCCCUGUGUAUGGAGACUUUGCUAUGUCUGCUGUGGAAGGAAUCCACAAUUUCCAUGUCUCAUAAGAAAAAUAUAA